AUGCUUCCACACAAGGCGCUCUAUCGAUUUCUGUGUAAAGUGGGAGAUGCGGUUGUAUAUCCUGUGCUGCCAGAAUUUGCGAAACCGGUCUGGAAUCAUCCGGCUGGACCGAAGACCGUCUUUUUCUGGGGUCCGAUCAUCAAGUGGGGUCUUGUUAUAGCCGGUAUUGCCGAUUUGGCUCGGCCAGCGGAUAAACUCUCUGUCUCUCAGAAUAUGGCCCUUGCUGCGACGGGAGCGAUUUGGACACGAUACAGUUUCGUAAUCAUCCCAGUCAACUACAAUUUGGCCAGUGUGAAUUUCUUUGUGAUGUGUUCCGGUCUUUCACAACUCGCUCGAAUCGCGCUCAUUACAGCUCUUACUGAAUAUGAGCUCACUGCCUGCGAAGUCAAGUGGAAAAUAUCUAAGUAA